AUUCCCCUAUUCGAGGUGGUGCUCGAGGUGGCGGCGGCGGCGGCGGCGGCGGCGGUGGUCUCGGUGGUGGCCGAGGACGAUGGGUAGGGUGGCAACCUCUCCUCCGAUAGCUGCGUACGCGAUUUCGGACGCUACGUCCGGUGGGCGACCACCUCCACCUUCCGCGUCCUUCGUGGCCCUCCGAGAGAGCCGGGCUUCCGCUGGCCGGUGUACUACGGCCGCGCUGAGCCCGAAGCCGGCACCAUAGUACCGCGGCACCUGCUAAUCAAAUCGCAUAUUCCACACGCAUAUACCGCGCCGCACGAUCCUCCGUGGCUCGUGCCCCUUCGUCCGAACUUUUGUGGUCCGCAGUGUGCUACAAGUUUUGCUUCGAGGGGUACGAAGAAAAAUCGGAUAGGAAUAUUAUUUAUCAGUGAAUUCCGCGGGACGACUCGCCAGAGACCCCGGGAUAUACCACCUUUGUACAUCAGCCGGACAAUGAGCUUGUUACACACCUCUCGCAGCCGUUUCUUUUGAUAUCGAUCAAGAAUACUUAUCAGUGAAAGGAAUGUAUCUUGAGAUUGGAUCGGCUUGAAGCCAUCGGUUCUUCGUGUGUUACCCGUGCAAGAGCCUCGAAAUCUAAAGACCGUCGGGGAUCAAUGUGGGUACGGAGCGGCGAAAGUGACUGAUUCGCGGGAGGAAACGCGAUCACCAAUAUUUUCCAAACCCUCGCCGCCGUUUUGGCGCAAGAUGCGAGGCCCGCGGACCGAGCGGGGACGAUCGGCAACGGUCAUCGAGGGGUGUCGUCGAACGCGCUCGUAGACCGGGGCCAUUCGGGGGGACGGGGUCCGCUUCACCGAUGAGAAGGAAAAAACGGGCAGGACAACGUGGCAGGUCGAAGAUCGCGAUCGGGAGGCCGCGGAAUUCGGCGUUUCUUACCGGCGGCGGCCGGCGAGGCUGACCGGCACAUUCGGGCCGAAUCGCCGAAUCAACCGGGGGAACCGGCGGCCGGGCUAGAUCGGCUUACGGUCCGUCGCGUUUUUCGGCCGAUCGGACGGUUUACGUCGGGCGCGAGAUUUACAUCGACACGCGCGCAAAAAACACUCGUCCCCGCUGGCGGAUCUUCGCCGCGCGGGCAACGAUACUCCCGGGUUCCGCGGGGGAGCCCUCGGAGUGGUUUCCAGUUUUGUCAGCCCACCGCGAGCAUGUUUGCCCGGCGUUGAAAAGAAAAUUUCGCUCCGCCCCGUGGAAUACCGAUCGGAGAUUUUGUUGGAUCGACGUCCACGAGGAGAGACCGAAGAAACGUCCGGAUAAGAAAGUGAGUGCAAUCGUGAAGAAUUUAAAGGAGAGUGAGAAGCGCGGGGAUUUAUAAAAGGAUCGAACGUAGAAGGCACACGUACGAAAUCUGAUGCCGACGGAGGAACAACGAGAGGAACCGAACGACUUCCCAGAGGCAGAUAGAAUAUCAACGUUUAGUACAAUCUGUAUUGAAAAGAUUUACUAUCUUUUUAUCAUCACGAUUAAUAGAAAAAUAAAUGAUUAAUUCUUUGGUCGCGUCCUAUUUUUAAACGUUCGUCGAAUUUGGAGAGCAUUGCCGUCGCUCUUUUGCAAAAGGAAGGAGGAGAUUUUACCUUGUUCGGUAUAUCGCUUCAAGAGCGUCGACGUCACUCAAGCGCGUGCUUUCGAAGAACGGGCAACGAAAUCGCAGUGGCGAUUCGGCGAGAUCGGCGCUCGUGUAUUCAAGGUUACGAGAUAAACCGGGGCUCUCGUGAGCGACCCGAUAAGCGGCCGGCGAUCCGUCGGCGAUUCAUCGGGGGCAUCGAGGAGUACGCGGCCGGCUUCAAGCCCGCACGGAAGGCGCGCGCGGUGGCGUCGACGGCGAUUUCCGGCUCAAUCGGAGGAGACUCGGCCGCGGCUCGUCGCAAGCCGGAAAUAACUCGGUGCGACAUAUAUCGAAGGAACGACGACGUCCAUCCGUCGCGCGGAAUGACGUAGAUUCAAUUCGGUGGAGGGAAGUGGUCACAAAUUUCGUGAUCUUUGAUCGGAAACGUCGUGUACGUCGCGGGAAGAGAGAAAUAUAGAACCAAAUACGCGAUCAGACACUUGGCUACCAGCGUCGACGUUGUACGCAGCAUAGUGCGUGGUAAUACGCGAUCAGCCAAUUAGAUGUAUUUCUCUUUGUCAGUUGUAGCCAGUACAAGUGACUUGACGGCCAAUCGGAAGAUGGAGGACGGUUGUGUCGUAUGAUUUACUCCGAGAAGGAGAAAAUCGUAACCAUGAAACCUCUGGGACUCCAGUUAGAUGACUCGUACUCCGAAUAUUUAACGUGUGAAGUUUAUGUGUGAGUGCGUCGAAGUGUUGAUGUGUGCUGAGAAGAAAUCGCGUCACGGCUAGAAAAAUCGUGUACACUUGUCGUGCCGUGAGCGCGGGAACGUUGACAAUAAGCGACUCGGUAGGUGGUAGUGUAGGUGGAAACUGUUUACAAACAGCCCAUUCAAGUCUCGUGCAACGGGCUCGUAAACGAGUCCCAAGCGCAAAAAGCGCGUAUCUUGCGCGGGAGAGGCGUUCUCCUUCGUCGCGGCCUCGUCGUUUACGAGCGGUCGUGCGAAUUUCGCGACGAAAUUGCUUCGCAUUCGGGGCACCUCGAGAUAAGACGUUGAAAUUCGCCUGAUAAUUAUUUGGUGCGGUUCCAGAAUUGGCAGGGGAUUUACAUCCAACAAAAGUAGAAGAUGUAGAAAUAAUCACGAGAAUGUCUGAGGGCUAGAUUCACUGUUCUCAGUGUACUGGUGUUGACGAUGGCAGAGGCAGAUGAGUAAGAAAAAGUAAAAGUGUGAAUCAGUGAGUUUUCGAGUCUUCUAGUUUCCCCGGGACACCAUCAGCCGUUCGGCAGAACUCUGAGGGAUUCUGUGCCUAACGUCAAAUUGUCGUAUUCGAGCUUUCUAGAUGGACGCAACUUGUUGUCAGCAACUGUCCUGUAUGAAGUAAGUCUUCCGUGUACAACGGAAGAGAUAGUUCAGCGAAGAUCGCUAAUCUGCAUCUUCGCAAGAUUGAACGAAGGUGGAAGGUACAAGUAGUAAAUCUCCAAAGAGGGACGCAUAACUUCUUAUCACAUUGUUUCGUACCGUGACACGGCGGUCGGAGCGUGUUUCCUUUGAUUCGGAGAGAUAGAAUAUAGAGAUUUAAUAUAAUUAUAUUUCUCCCUCGGUGGAAAAAGUGCCUUGAUGCACGAUACUGUCUACUUCUAUCAGCGAAAGUUUUUCCCCUUCAAGAAAUCCCGCAGCAACAAAUUGCUUUCAAACAAUCCGAAUAAUCCAAGAAACUACCCGACUACAUCACCAAGCUCUUUUUUCUUAAUCCAGAAGGCGAAUGUAUCUCGCAUGAAUCGUUUCAAGUAUCUCCAGCGUGCAACAAACUUAGUCCUGUCGACGUUCGCUGAUUCGUAGCCGAGAGCGUCAACUUGCGUCGUUAAUUAAACAGAAAUCGUCGAUAUUGCACAGAUCUCGACGAUCUUGCCGUCCACGGGAAGAAGGCGGAUCGUCGAUCUCGGAGUGACGAUCGGCGCGAGGGAGGCGACGAGCUCGCCGGGAAUUGCUCCUCGACGCGGCUGCACGAAUUCACUCUUAGACUGGAGCUGUACCUGCCGUACGCACCGCUGCCGGGAGGCGGCGGGAUCCUCCCGGCGGUGAGCGGCAGCGGUGCUUCGAGUGGCUGUCGUCCGGUGCUGCUGGGUGGCGUCGACCUGUCGAUGUCGGCGGCGGUGCAGCAGCCGGUCGCGACGCUACCGACGAACCUGACCAGCAGCGGCCCGAUAGCGGCCCACAAUUCCCUGCACCACACGUCCGGCGGCCUGGCCCUGCCGCUGGGCGCCGCGCCGGGCCCGCCGGUGAUGAUGCCGCGUCCGCCGCCGGGUGCCAUGCCGCCGCUGGGACCGGCACUACCGCCGACCCAUCAGGACGAGGAUCUAGCCGACGCGGCGCCCAACCAGGACGUCCUGCUGGCGCUCCUCGCGAGAAACAAGAACCUGGAAGAACGGAGAGUCAAAACACCAAGCCGUUUUACUAUCAAGGAAGAAUCCACGAUACCAAAAUGCGGUGGAUGUCAGGAAAUUAUUUUGGAUAAAUACGUUCUAAGGGUCCUGGAGAGGUGUUGGCAUGCAAGAUGUCUCACGUGUCGGGACUGCGGUGCUAGAUUGACCGAGAAAUGUUUUGCGAGAAAUGGCCAUGUGUUCUGCAAAGAUGACUUCUUCAAGUGUGGCAGGCGUUUCGGGACAAAAUGCGCGGGCUGCGGCCAGGGGUUGGCACCUUCGCAGGUGGUACGAAGAGCACAGGAGUUUGUCUAUCAUCUCACGUGUUUUUCGUGUGCCCUUUGCUCUCGGCAACUGGACACCGGCGAUGAAUUUUAUCUUAUGGAAGAUAGAAAACUUGUCUGCAAGCCCGAUUACGAACAGGCGAAAGCAAAAGAAAUGGCAGACGGAGGAAGUAUAGACGGUGAUCAACCUAAUAAAAGGCCGCGGACGACGAUCACGGCGAAGCAGCUCGAAACCCUCAAGCUGGCCUACAACACCAGUCCGAAACCAGCAAGGCACGUGCGAGAACAGCUGUCUCAGGACACAGGGCUCGACAUGCGCGUCGUUCAAGUCUGGUUUCAGAAUAGGAGAGCGAAAGAAAAGAGGCUGAAGAAAGAUGCUGGUAGAACGAGGUGGUCUCAAUAUUUUCGCAGUAUGAAAGGCGCCGGCGCAGGCGGUCACUCGCCUAGACACGAUAAGCUUCUUGACAAAGACGAGCUGAAGGUAGACUUGGACUCCACCUUUGGUCAUCACGACUUGAGUAACGACAGUUACGGAACAGUAGUGAACAUGGGCCUGGACGGUGAGGGCGCGAGUCCAGGCGGCGGUGGCAACGGAGCCGGGGGUGGACCGCCCCGCGGGUACCUGGGCGCGACGACACCGCCGUAUCUCUCAACGUCCAGAUCGCCGUCCUUACCACCCCAGUUCCCGUAUCCGCCGGACGCCGGGCUCUCGGUGUACACCACACUCGGGGGACCGGGCGGCAUGGUGCCAGGACCAGCGUCGGAUCUGAGUAACGAGUCGAGCGGAGGCGGCGGCGGUGGCGGCGGUGGCGGCGGCGGCGGCGGUGGUGGUGGCGGCGGCGGUGGCGGCGGUUACCCCGACUUUCCGCCGUCGCCGGACUCCUGGCUCGGAGAACCACCGCCCCCGCAUGCUCACCAUCAUUCUCAUUCCCAUUCCCAUUACGCCACAUAACCCGCCAAAACCGCGCGUCGCCAAAUACCGUAUGGAAUAACACCCUGGCGGAGCGGGACGUUCAUCUGAGAUCGUCAAUGCCGAUUUCACCGUCGUUAUCCUCGGGGGGGGGGGGGGGGCAGAGGCUGAAGGAGUCUUAUUCGACGUUUCUUCGAACGAGAUAAUAAAUUUCACAAAUUUUGUAAAGCGUUACAUCCGUUCGACGAAGCUCGAGCCUGAUUUUUUUGACUUGAUAAGGAAAAUCUAAAAGCGAAAACGAAUCUUUAUUUUUUUUAUUAAGAAUGUGUGAUAAUCUUUUAAUUUAUUUUUGGAGGGUAUUUCCAUAUAACUGUUUUGUAUAAAAUAAUUAUAUUGCAUAAUUUAUAUUAUUUUU